GAUUGAUUCCGCCUCCCCCUUGCAUCGACUCACCACCACCCCCGUCUAGCCGCCGCCGCCGCCGACUACUCUCUCCGUCGUCUCCGGCGAGGUAGGAGUAGUGAACCCUUAGACCCUUAGUAGUCUAGAUGCUGGAGAGUGUACUAGUGUAGAGGUAUUAUGGGCUGCGUCUUCGGCCGCGCGUCCUCGUCCGCGACGAGGAAGAAGGAGAAGGCGUCCCCAAAGCCCGCGCCCUCCAACGGUUCCCCGGCGGAUGGAGACAAGUCCCUCGGAAGGCCGAGGCGGAGGCUUGGGCGACGGACGGGGCCCAGGCAGGGGUGCGUCCCCGCUCCCGCCGCCGCCGAGCAGCUCGCUGCGGGGUGGCCUCCAUGGCUCGUCGCCGUCGCCGGGGAGGCCCUCCGAGGGUGGACGCCCCGCCGGGCAGACACCUUCGAGAAGCUCAACAAGAUAGGAUCGGGCACCUACAGCAACGUGUAUCGGGCGAGGGACACUGUCUCAGGCCGCAUCGUGGCACUGAAGAAGGUCCGGUUCGACAACCUGGAGCCUGAGAGCGUCAAGUUCAUGGCAAGGGAGAUCCUGAUCCUGAGGAGGCUCGACCACCAAAAUGUGAUCAAAUUGGAGGGAUUAGUGACCUCCAGGAUGUCAUGCAGCCUAUACCUGGUGUUCGAGUACAUGGAGCAUGACCUUGCUGGCCUUGCAGCAAGCCCUGAAGUCAAGUUUACUCUGCCACAGAUAAAAUGUUACAUGCACCAGCUUCUGUCAGGACUUGAGCAUUGCCAUGACAAUAAUGUGCUGCAUCGGGAUAUCAAGGGUUCGAACUUGCUGUUGGAUAAUAAUGGGGUUCUUAAGAUUGCUGAUUUUGGGCUGGCAGCACUCUUUGACCCACGCCACAAGCGGCCGAUGACGAGCCGUGUGGUCACACUGUGGUACCGACCACCAGAAUUAUUAUUAGGUGCGACAGAUUAUGGUGUGGGUGUGGAUUUAUGGAGUGCUGGGUGCAUUCUGGCAGAGCUUUUAUAUGGAAAGCCCAUCAUGCCCGGGCGCACCGAGGUAGAGCAGUUGCACAAGAUUUUCAAGCUAUGUGGCUCCCCAUCGGAGGAGUAUUGGAAGAAGUCAAAACUGCCACAUGCUACAAUAUUUAAACCUCAGCAACCUUAUAAACGUUGCAUCAGAGAUACAUUUAAAGAUUUUCCUCCAUCUUCCCUGCAAUUGGUUGAAACUCUGCUUGCAAUAGAUCCAGCUGAGCGUCAAACUUCUACAGCUGCAUUGCAAAGUGAAUUCUUUGCAUCUGAGCCUUAUGCAUGUGAUCCAUCAAGCUUGCCAACGUAUCCACCAAGCAAGGAGAUGGAUGCCAAGUUGAGAGACGAAGAGGCUAGAAGGCUACGAGCUGCUGCAAAGGCCAAAGGAGAGGUGGCUAAAAGGACUCGAACGCGGGAUCGAUCUCAUAGGGCUGGGCCAGCACCAGAGGCUAAUGCAGAGCUUCAAACAAAUCUAGAUCAGAGGCGACGCAUGAUAACCCAUGCAAAUGCCAAGAGUAAAAGUGAGAAGUUCCCUCCACCGCAUCAAGAUGGAGCUAUGGGUAAUCCCUUGGGAUCCUGUCGGCAUAUGGAGCCUACAUAUGAGCACCAGGAUACUUCCUUCAGUACUGUAGUGCCCAUCGAGAAGGGAACCUCACAAACAUGGUCGGGGCCGUUGUUUGAUCCGUCAGCGCUUGGGCAAUCACGGCGGAAGAAGCAGACUGCCCUAGACGCAAAGGCUGCGGCUUAUUCAAAACAGCUUCGAAAAGAGAAGGGACGAGCGCAUUAGAGUAAUGUCAGAAUGGUGUAAGUGUUAAACAUGUUUUUUUAUUGAGUUUGGAGGAAAGUUUUUCACGGCCGAUCUGCAGAUGAAUUUUCUCCUCGUUUUGUUUCUUUGGUGGUUGGAGAAUGCGUGGCAGUGUUGCUAUUGUAGAGACGUUGCAGGUCUACGACCUGUGUGUUUAAUCUCGUUUUUUACUCCUUGCUACGAAUUCAGUUAGUCAUUUUGUAUAUGGAGUAUUCAUAUCUCUUCUGUAUAUAUGCAAGCAUCUAAGUGGAAUUAUAGCUUGUUUGUAUACUCA